CAGUUAAAACGCUGAGUGCGUAAGAGCUGUAGUGUUACUGUUUAUGACUUUUGUGAAAGUGAAACUAUUGUGAUAAUUAUGCGUCACUGUUCUUAUAUAUUGUUUUUUCUUCUUUUAUUAAUUUCUAAUUAUGAAUUUGUAACGUCGAAACGAUUUACUGGUGGGCAUUCAUAUCCAAAGUCCGGUGGCCUUUCUGGCGGUGGACGCCAUUCAUAUCCGUCAGGCGGAGGCCUUUCGGGAAGCGGAUCAAUACCACCACGAGGCAGCCAUGGGUAUCCGUCAUCUGGAGGUUUGUCAGGAGGAGGACACGGAUAUCCAUCACCAGGCGGAAGUCAUGCGUACCCUUCUAAUACUCAUACUGGUAGUCACGCCUAUCCUUCAUCUAAUACACAAACCGGUAGUCACGGAUAUCCAGGUAGUAAAGGAUUAUCAGGCAAUUCAAAUACAGGAGCUGGACAUACUACCAAUGUGCACCAUCAUUACAAUUACAACCCUCCACAACAAAUUCGUUACACACCAACGCACGGUGGGCCGCCUAUGAAUUACCCAGUCUACCACUCACCACCUCCAACUUAUGUAUAUAAAUAUAAGGAUUCAGGAAGUAAAUAUGGUACACUAUUGGCUGGUUUAGCACUUCUUAACCUUGGAACGCUCGGCGUGAGUGCUUAUGCCCUUAGUAAGAGUCAUUCCAACUACACACCGAAGCCGGGCGAAAUUUGCAAAUUUGCUAUUAAAAAAGAUAAUGGAGAUUAUGAAGAAACUAAAAUAGACUGCAAUUUGAUAUCAAGUUUUAUAUACCAGGAGGAAGCUAAAACUCAAAGUGGAGGUACAAACACAACAGUCGUAACGACAGUGACAAAUAUUACUACAAUAAAUGCACCAAAUAAUAGUGACCCAGGUCCAUUAUCAGUAAGUGCGAAUCCUUUGUAUGAAAUGUUACCUAAUGGCACACUGGUUCCUAUAAAUGCCACAGCUGUGAAUACAUCGGCUAGUUCAAACAAUACCACCGAUAGCAAAAUGGCCUCAUCGGUAACAAUCACAACAACCAAUACAACAGUGAUUAAUGCAUUGGACGUGAAAGGUAAACCAAUUGAUGUUACACCAGGAAUGCAGUGCUUUGUGAUAAGCCAUUCACCAGUCAGGAAUAUGAAGAAGUCUGUUCCUUGUGGCCUAUUACAAACAUACGCUGAACAAUCUUUGAAAAGAAGUUCAGCAUCAAGAAAUGUGCCCAUAAUGUCAAUAUUUAGUGUGGUUUUAGCAAUAAUUGUUGCUUAUUGAAGAAGAAAUUGAAUAUGUGAUAAUCUUAAUUUAUCUUUAUUUAUGUGUUAUGAUAUUUUUUUGUUGUUUCCGAAGUGUCUUACGGCUUUACACUGGCUGAUAAUAUUUGUAUUGUACUUAGUUAAGUGUUAAAAAUAGAAAUAAUUAUCAAAACUUAAAUAGCUUACUUGGUCAAUAUUUACUGUAACUAGAAUUGUGACUGAUCUAUUAUCUUGUUAUUCAGAAUUUACAUUUUAGAAAUUUUGUAUU